UGACAAUAUGUAAAGUUCCAUACUCAUGUUGAUAUUAUUUAACGUUUUUACCAUACUGCUACUUUUCGUAUGGCCGACAGAUGACAAUAUUGGUGUCAACUGUCAGUGAUGUCAGUUUCAGUGGCGGUGUAGGUUAUUUCCGUGUAAUGUCAGUGAGAAUGAACGUCAAAACUGUUUGUUGUAAACAGAAAACAGUGUCCUAAUCAAUGGAUGUAUAAUGAAGAUGACUUGAAAAGAGGAGCUGUUUGGACAGCAGAAUGAACAUAAUGCGGAAGUUUCGGGGAGGGACCCUCCCCUCCAUGUCACAAGAUGAAGCCAACUCUAACCCUCAGCAUACAGCUCUGGGAUUAAUGCACCUUAAGAAGUUAUUCUCUGAAUAUACUCAUCCCUCACACCCACUAACUGAAAAAGAACGUGAUGAUAAGCUGUAUAAUAUGUUACCACUGUUUUGCAAGGUAUUUGGCAACAGUCCAUCAGCUGACAUGAUGGAAAAGUUCCGUGACAUUCUAGCAUUUUGUCAACAAGUAUCCAGACUCAUGGUGUCGGAAAUGAGGCGUCGAGCUUCAAAUCAGUCGACUGAGGCAGCUAGCUGUGCCAUUGUGAAAUUUCUUGAAAUAGAAAACUCAGAGGAGUCAAGUAAUGGCUGGAUGUUGCUUUCGACUCUUAAUCUUCUAGCCGCUGGUGAUGCUUCACUGGUGCAGGUUAUGACGUCAGUAGCAGUGCCUUCCACACUUGUUAAAUGCUUGUACCUCUUUUUUGAUCUUCCUGAGAUAGAAAACCCAGAGACAGCUGAAACUGGAAGUGAUUUUACUCCUAGAGAGAGAAGAAUUUUGUUACAAAAGAUAUUUGUGCAGGUACUUGUGAGGCUCUGUAGCCACACCGCACCUGCAGAGGAACUUGCUCGCAAGGACGAUCUCACACUUCUGUUCUCUGCCAUAACUAGCUGGUGUCCUCCGCAUAAUGUAAUGUGGCGCAAGAGCGCGGCAGAAGUCCUGAUGACACUGUCGCGGCAUGGUCUCACUCAGCCUGUUGUCAGUUACAUACACAAUAAGGGUUGUGUAGCUCUCUGUAUUGAAAAUAUGCAAAGAGUUCAAGAACUGACACCCCUAGAAAUUGUUGAGAUGUUUGUAACUGUGUUCUGCUUCCUGAAAGAUUCCAGUGAAGUCUCUCAGACACUGCUUGAUGAUUUUCGCAGCUGUCAGGGUUAUGUUUUCCUGUCCGAAUUCCUUUUGAAGUUAGAACAUGACACUAGCCCAGAAUCUCAAGAAGCCAUCCGUAACCUGGUUCUGAUGGUGGCUUCUCUUGCGAUGUGUGGUUACAUUGAACUACGCCCUAGCCAGGCUAGUAUGGGUUCCCUCUUUAAAAUCAGCAAUUUCUCAUUGCCGCAGCCUUCAGGGAGAGGAGCCAGUGUGAGAAAUAUACAGGCCUUUCAAGUACUACAAUCUGUUUUUCUUAAAUCGAACUGCCCUGCAUUGUGCUGCACCAUUCUUGAUGCAAUUUCUAGUGUAUAUCAUGCAGAUAACGCAAAUUACUUUAUACUUGAGGGACAGAACACCCUUUCUCAAUUUGCUGAAAAAAUUCAUCUGAAAACACAAGAAAUACAGGAGAAAUUUUUCCAGCUCCUGGAAUUUAUAGUAUUUCAACUGAAUUUUGUACCCUGCAAAGAACUCAUAUCACUGUCAAUACUUCUGAAGGCACAGUCUUCUGUCAGUUGCAGUAUAAUAUGUAUGCAAACUUUGCUCAACAUUCUAAGUUCUAAACACAAUGAAAUUUUCAAGAAUGUCUACAGAGAAGUUGGAAUCUUGGAAGUAUUUGUGACAUGCUUGCACAGGUAUGCUGCACUGCUGAAAGAGAAGAAGCAAGCAGUGGAUGAAGGCAAAGAUUAUGAGAUUCCAGCACCAAGUGAAAAACUGGGAAUGCUUGUAAUGGAAGCCCUAACAUUGUUAUUGCAUUCAAAUGCAAGUAAUGCAGCAGUUUUCAGAGAAAGUGGUGGUGCUCGCUGUGCCCACAAUCUUGUUCCUUACUCUGAAUGCAGGCAGCAGGCAUUAGGAAUUGUUCGUGAACUUCUGCUUGGCGCUGGAGGUGAUGAUGACAUGGGAACUCUCCUGGGUAUGAUGCAUUCUGCACCAGCAUCAGCGCUGCAGCUAAAAGCCCACAUUUUGAAGUCAUUGCUGAUUUGCCUGCGUGAAAGCCAUCGAUGCCGUACGGUAUUUCGCAAAGUUGGUGGCUUUGUGUAUGUAAUGAGUGUUUUGGUAUCUAUGGAGGGCUGCCUGUCUGGACAGCCAUCUCAACCCUGGGAGAGUAUACCGUACACCCAGGUGCUGCAUUUACUGCACAUGGUCUUUAAUACAGUUACUGUUGCCAUGCGCUUCGAACCUGCAAAUGCCAAAUUUUUCCAUAAUGAGAUAUGCUUAACAAGCCUCUGUGACACUCUGAGGCUCUUGGGCUGUUUUUCUAGUCAGCAACAAUUAGAAGAGUGUGAUGACACACUGCUUUCGAAAGAGGAAAAUACAUUCCAUAAUUUAUUUAUAGGGAAUGUUCUCGAACCAAGCAUUCCAGAUCACAUUCCAGUACAGCUGUCGUACGCAUGUUUAGUUCUUCGGAUGCUGUAUGAUGUGGCUCUUGAUGCAUUUGAAAAACCUAACUUGAUGUCGGCCGUAACCUUCAAAUCUCCAACCCAUCGAAGACAUCAAUCAGAGUCGAAUCGUCCUCCAGAGUCACCAGUAUCAGCUCGCCGUGCAGUGGUGAAUUCUCUAAACUUGAAUCCACCUGCCCCGGACCCAAUUAUUGUCCACCCAGGUGUGGUUGUAGCCAUGCUUCAUCUCCUGCCUUCAGUACACCAUCAAGACUGUGCCCAGCUAUCACUCACAUUGCAGAUGUAUGCUUCAGAGGUACUGAAGAGUCUCGUUCGAUCAGAGCGAAAUCAGCAGAUAAUGUGUGAAGCUGGGCUACCUGGACAGUUGUUGGCAUGCGGCCGUGCAGCACUUGAAGAAGACACGCAUCCUCUUCACCCUCCACUUCAGUACAUGUUGGAGCGAUUAGCAGCCCAAACUCUAGAACCACGAGAUCUCAGAGAAUUUCUUCGACUUGGCGAUCCACUGUGCUGCAUUUCCAUGGAUGAUGUUGACCGUAUUUAUCCAUUGCGACCGCCUCAUUGUAAGCCUGGUGGUCCUGUUCCAUUAACACGUGUGAAAACUCUUGUGUCUAUGACAACGCCACGUGAUUUUCGUACUGUGCAUGGGAGCUCCAUACUGCCUCCAUUUGUUGAAUUCGAUAUGUCAGCUGAGGGUUUUGGAUGUUUAUAUCUACCAAGUGUAGCACCUCAGAGCCCAUCAGGACCACCUGUCGUCACUGUGGGUGGUUUAGGAGUCCCAGCUGAUACAAGUGUUGUUGGCGGCAUUGGAUCAGGUGACAGAAUGUUCCCACCACAGACUGGUUUGAGCUACUCGUCAUGGAUUUGCGUAGACAAGUUUUCGGAUCCACGCACAGAUCCACACUGUGUUCGGUUGCUCACACUUGUUCGCAAUGGCCGCGAUCAUCAUCUAAUUUGUUUAGCUGUAGUGCUGUCAGCAAGGGACAAGGCUGUAAUUGUUUCCACCCAAGAAACUGUGAUGCCCCAUAGUAAUGCAGGAGAAUGGGAACCAGAGCCAAUGGGAGACUCGGGUGUGAGAAUUUGGUGUCCAGAAAUUUUGCAAGAAGGUCAAUGGCACCAUCUAGUGCUAAUUGUCAAUAGAGCUGUCCUUAAGAAUUCUACAUUUUCUCUGUAUGUUGAUGGACGCCCUGUGCAUACAAGAAAGCUGCACUACAUCUCACAGAACCCAGGAGGCGGUGCAGCAAAUCUGACUGUGGCAUCAUCAGUGUACGGGUACAUAGGGACGCCGCCAGUCUGGCGUCGCAACUCGCGACUUGUUUGGAAACAAGGACCUUGCCACUUGCUGGAAGAGGUUCUGAGCCCACAGACUGUCUCUCUUUUGCAUCAACUAGGGCCACACUAUAUGGGCAGUUUACAAGCACCGGAACUUAAUGGGAUUGAACCACUACCAUCAUUAAUCGCAGAGGAGAAAGUAAUAUUUGGAUUAAAUGCAAAAGCUGUGUCACAGCUUACAUUGGCAAAGAUCAGAAAAGUAUACAGUAGAGCUGACAAUAAAGCAAUUGCCAAACAGCUUGGUAUGUCAUCUCAUGAAAAUGCUACACCAAUUAGGAUACUGCAUAACUCUGCCGGUCAUUUGAGUGGCCCUGCACGCUCUCUUGGAGGUGUUGUUAUCGGGUACUUGGGAGUGCGUGUCUUCUCCCCGAGACCAGUUACCAAAAUGGUUGACAAUGUUGGAGGCUGUUCUGUUCUACUAGGGUUAAUCGCUAUGGCUCAAGAUGUGGAAAGUUUGUAUGCUGCAGUCAAGGCACUUGUGUGUGUCGUUCGCAGCAACAGAUCAGCACAGUUAGAAAUGGACCGUCGCCGUGGGUACCAGACAUUAGCUAUGCUGUUGCGCAAGAAGCGCCCUCUUCUGAAUAGCCACAUACUACAUUUAACCUUCAGCCUUGUUGGAACAGUUGACAGUGGCCGUGAAAGUUCUACUAUUCCAAACACAACUGCAUUCCAUGAUCUCCUCUGUGAUGUGGAGGUUUGGCACGAAGCCCCAGGUGAACUCCAGCGUUCUCUGUUCGAGCACCUCCUGGAGCUAGUCUCGGAGUCUAGUGAGAAGCGUGCCAAUUUGCGUACAGUGAGAGACCUCGGCCUAGUGCCCCGCCUGCUGUUAGUCCUGCCUUCUGUGUCGUGUGCUCCCACGCGGCAGGUCUUGUUACAACUGCUCGGCACCCUUCUGGCGGGAACACCGAGGCAUUCUGACCUUCUAGGGUUUGGACAAUUUGUAGCAGCAACACUUCCCACUUCGCCUACAGCAGAUGAAAAGAAGAUAACGUUGCAAGAAGGUCAGAAUAGGCAACAGCCUGCCAUUACUGGAGAUGAACUGAGUCUCAUGGCAGUAGUACCCAUAUAUGGAGAUGAAGAAUCUGACAUGAUUACAGGAAUAGUGUUACGUAAUCGAUGUUUACAAUUGCUCCACUCUCUCCUGUUCACACCACGGAGUGCUGUUAGUACAACCUUCUGCGAAGAGGUCGUCCAGGUUCUUGGUCUAGACUGGGUGCUCUUGUUCCUCCAAGGCCAGCUGCAUCCGUCAACAGUUGUCUGGGGACUCAGGAUACUUGUGGUGCUGUGUUCCUGUCCACCAUUGCUGCAGAAAUUUCGUGAAGGUAGUUCUUGUGGAGGAUGGUUGAGAGAUGCUGAACUAGUGACUCGUAACAAGAUGGCAGCUAGUGUUCUGGGUUGUCAGUUUACACCAUCUACGCCAAAGUACCCAUUUUGUAGAGAAAUAAAAGCAGAAGCACUGGGAGUGCCUGGGUUUCAGAGGCUUGGGUACUUAAUGCCUCUGCACAUUGAUGUACCAGAGGUUUAUUUUCUUCUUAUGGCUUUAAUGAUGGGACAACCAGUGAAGCUGCUUCCUGCAGACUCGAAGCUUGACCUGGACAGUGUAUGGAAUUUCAUGUUUGGUGUACCUGUUAGUCAAUCGGUGACAAGUGUGGCAAGUCGGGUGUCUCUGUGUUCUGAAGCUAUCAUAGUUCUUUUGGGAAUGGUCCGAACAAUGCUUAACCAGGAGGGCAAAAGCCCAGAUAGUUUACCUGAAUGGUUGCGGGAUUACCCAGUGACAAUUAUACAGUUCCUAUUCUUUUUAUACCACAAUAUGGCAGAUUUCACGCCAGUGUGCAUGACUGGUGAAGUUUUGGGGGCAUUGGCAGGCACUCUUUUCCCCAGGCAAGCUGGAAGUGAAGCAGGUAGUGCAGCUUCAACACCCGGCGAUGAAGUAAAGACUUAUCCUGGCUCUGACUCCGCUGUCCUUGUUAGAUCUCCAUCAAAGGAUUCGGGUUUGAGCAACCACCCAGCAAGGAAAUUUGUGAUGGACUUCCUGCGCGUGAUUGUAGUGGACUCGCUAUCACUACCAUCACCUGGAAAAGGUCCUCUUGCAAUUGACUUAGUCCUUGAGGCAUCACCGGAGAAUGCAAGCAUGUCUCAGCAGACACGUUAUCAGACAGAGGUGUUGGGAACUCUGAUGGAGCACCUGCUGGCAGCCGACGUCCUCAUCGGGGAGCAGGCUGCACUGCCCGUAGUCCCUGGGGGGGCACCUCAGUAUAUUGCUCCCAAUGUGUGCUACCUCGCUUCACGUAUUGUGGACAAGCUUUGGCAGGGUACUUUUGCAAAAGAUCCACAUGAAGUAUUUGAGUUUGUGGUGAAAUUAAUAAUGCAGGCAAAGCGUCGCCCAUCAACAGUUUCCUUGGAAGGUCUUUACCAUUGCCUGAAUCGCACUAUAUUGUUCCUAUUGUCCCGCUCUACAGAAAACAUAGCUGACCAGAUGGCUGUACUGGAGGCACUCCACAAACUUACCACGCAUCGAGGUCUAAUCUUUGGCGCAGGAAAUCAUGAACUGGAUUUUGUCGGCUGCCUAACAUACUGUUUAUUGCAACUCACAUCUGAUAUGAAAAUUAUGUUGGACACAAACAUAAAAACAACGUGGCAUGUAAAUCCUCAGACAGAUGAAACAGAAGAUAGGUUGACGUCUCACCAGGGCCACAACCUGAUGGCAGUGGCUGCACGAAGAGUCUGGGAAGAGCUGUACGUGUGCAAGAAACCUGCAAUUGAAGAGGUGUUUAAAAUAACACUUAAUUCACCAAACAACAAAGCUCCAGAUUUGACCACUGUAAGGGAACAAGUGUAUGAAUCAGCUACCCGCCUGUGGCUCAAUUAUGUGGAUAUGGAAAGAAAAGCAUCUUAUAGGGUUCCUUGGGAAUUACAUAAUCAAAUACAAUCUAAAAUCCAGAAAGUUACUGGUGGCCUGACUCGCUUGGCAAGUCGAACGAAGGUGAAAAAGGAGGAAACGUUGCGUGUAAAACAGUCCCAUCUAUCUAUGGUUGACGUUGCCACGUACACUCUCAACCAUGUCAAUUUGGUAAGGGAGUUGGUAGAAAUACGGGCAAAGAUGCAUCACCAGACUCAGACUCACACUCAACGAUACGUAUUCGAGGAGUGGCUGCAGACUGAGACGGAACUGACACGAGAGCGGGGCCUUUGGGGUCCAGUCACAAGCAGUCGGUUAGAUAAGUGGAUGCUAGAUAUGACUGAGGGGCCAUGUAGAAUGAGGAAGAAGAUGAUGAAAAAUGAACUGUUUUAUAUACAUUAUCCUUACAGACCUGAACUUGAAAUUGGAGACAAUAGAGCACUGAAAUACAAAGUUGCAACAAGCUGGGACAGUAAAGAGUUUUAUCAGAAAUACCGCCCCCAGACCUUGUUUGAGCGUGAACGUGACCCCAUCAUGGAAGCUGCUCUUCCUUCUGAAGAAACUACAACAGACAUACAGCUGCCAGAGAAUGGUGACGACAUCAGAGACUUAGGUCUGCACCAUGUGCCAUGUGCAUUGGAAAGGCAUGGUGUGCAUCGUUCUAUAUCAGAACCUGAAGAUGCUGGAGAUGAUGAUGCAACAGACACAACAGGAAGUGAAGAUCAGGAUUCUGCUCCAGAUAACCAUACACUUCCUCGUUUACUGGAAGAACAAGAAAAGAUCAGUUACAUGUUUAGAUGCGCUCGUAUUCAAGGCCUGGACACAACGGAAGGGGUUCUGUUGUUUGGUAAAGAACACUUUUAUGUAAUAGAUGGCUUCACUGUUGAUAGAUCACGUGAUAUACGUGAUAUAGAAUUACUACCCGAACAUGACCACGAUCCAAUUCUUCCGAGUCCUGGGAGUCCGAGACGCUCACGAGCUAUGAGACAAUGUUCAAAAUUUGCUUAUGAAGAUAUAAGGGAAGUUCAUAAAAGGCGCUAUCUUCUCCAACCUAUGGCUCUUGAAGUGUUUUCUGGAGAUGGCCGCAAUUACUUACUUGCAUUUCAAAAAAAGCAGCGUAACAAGGUGUAUCAGAGGUUUAUGACAUUUGCCACAGCCAUCGCAGAUAGUGCGCAGCAAUCUGUAGCUGGUCAAAAGAGAACGGCAAAUGUGGAACAAGGGGCAGGGUUACUUUCAACUCUAAUCGGAGAGACAUCUGUCACACAGAGAUGGGUGCGUGGUGAAAUCUCCAAUUUCCAGUACCUGAUGCAUCUGAAUACUUUAGCUGGCAGAUCAUAUAAUGAUCUAAUGCAGUACCCUGUAUUCCCGUGGAUACUAGCUGACUAUGAGAGUGAAGAGUUAGAUCUGACUGACUCGCAAACUUUCAGGGAUUUCACAAAGCCGAUGGGAGCACAAAGUCCAGAGAGAUUGGAACAGUUCAAAAAAAGGUAUAAGGAAUGGGACGAUCCUCAUGGUGAGACUCCACCUUAUCAUUAUGGCACUCAUUAUUCGUCAGCCAUGAUUGUGUGCUCUUAUCUUGUGAGAAUGGAACCUUUCACUCAGCAUUUCCUUCGUUUGCAGGGAGGACAUUUUGAUUUGGCUGAUCGCAUGUUCCACUCAGUACGAGAAGCAUGGUUAUCAGCGUCGAAACAUAAUAUGGCAGAUGUUAAAGAACUGAUACCUGAGUUUUUCUAUCUCCCAGAGUUCCUUUGUAAUUCAAAUAACUUCGAUUUAGGUUGUAAGCAGAAUGGUGUUCAGUUGGGUGACGUAGUGUUGCCACCUUGGGCCAAGGAAGAUCCGAGAGAGUUCAUACGGGUGCACCGGCUGGCACUUGAGUGCGACUACGUGUCGCAGCAUCUGCACGAGUGGAUUGACCUGAUAUUUGGAUGCAAGCAGCAAGGACAGGCUGCUGUUGAGGCUGUUAAUGUGUUCCACCAUCUCUUCUAUGAAGGAAACGUUGACAUUUACAAGUCAGUUUUGUACACUUCUCCAUUAGUUCUUAUAAACAAGUCUAAGAAUGCAACUAUUGGUUUCAUCAACAACUUUGGUCAGAUUCCAAAACAGCUAUUCAAGAAGCCUCACCCAGCUAAAAAAAAAAGUCAUCGUACAUCAGUGAUAGAUCCAGGCCCAAUAACACCAGGCCUGAGUUUUACCACAGGAGAUAGGUUAUUCUUUCAUAACCUGGAUAAUCUUCGACCUUCACUACAACCCAUCAAAGAACUUAAGGGUCCAGUUGGACAAAUCUUACAUGCUGAAAAAAACAUUUUAGCAGUGGAGCAGAACAAAGUAUUGGUACCUCCAGCUUACAACAAAUACGUGGCUUGGGGCUUUGCAGAUCACAGUUUACGCAUUGGUAAUUAUGACAGUGAAAAGGCUGUGUUUGUUUCUGAGGCAAUGGUACAGAGCAAUGGGGAAGUUGUUGCUUGUGUGUGUCCCUCUCCUAAGCUAAUUAUCACAGCUGGUACUAGUACGGUUGUCACCAUUUGGGAGUACAACAAGAAACAGUUAAACAUAAAGCAGUGCCUUUACGGACAUACUGAUGCAGUGACAUGCCUGGCUGCAAGCCCAGCGUACAAUGUGAUUGUGUCAGGCUCUCGAGAUGCAACAGCUAUUGUGUGGGACUUGUCGCGCCGCAUCUUUGUUCGGCAGUUGCGGGGCCAUGCUGCUCCUGUAGCUGCCGUUGCUGUGAAUGAACUCACUGGUGAGAUAGCAACCUGUGCGGGGACAUGGUUACAUUUGUGGAGUAUAAAUGGCGACGAGCUUGCAAGUGUCAAUACGUGUGUUGGGAGAGCAGAUAGAAUGCAGCAAAUACUGUGUGUUGCCUUUUCUCAGACCCACGAGUGGGACUCACAGAAUGUGAUCAUGACUGGCUCGACAGAUGGUGUGGCGAGAAUGUGGUCCAUUGAUUAUGUCCAAGUACCAAAAGAAGAAACAAGACCACUGGUGAAAGAAGGAAGUGAUAGUAAUCUGGUGUCAGAGGUUGCAGACGUGGAUUCCAGUGACGGCAAACCGUGUGCACCCGCUGACACCAGGAACAUUCGUGUCCAAGAUCUAGUGAAGCAAAUGAGUAUAUCAGCUGACUUUACAGCAGACUCCCAAGGUUUGCUAAAUAAGAGUGGCUCUGAGAGCAGUUUGUCAGAUGAGGAUGCACCUGAGGCAGCUUGUGACACAUCUAAGAAGGAACUAGAAGCUGCCAGCAUAGAAGAGAAAGAAGCCUGCAGUGAUGAUGAUAAGGUACCUCAAGAAGAGGAAGUGUUUACAGAAGACAGUGUCACUGCUAAGACUAGUGACACACGUUCCAGGGAGAGGUCUGUUAGUGCUAACGAUCCUGACAACUCCGAUGUGGGAAAGGAAGCUGGGAAGGACGAGGUGCGCGAAGUUUCACCCUGUCAGGCCGAGCGCCUCCACAAGGGCGACUUGCACCGACAGCACGCCGUCAGAGGCGCUAGCACAGACUCCUCAGACUCGCUGGUGGUGUUGCGCCGCAGGUCGUCAGCUCGUGCUAACCCACAGUUCCGCAAAAGUGAAGGCAGCACGCUGAUAAUGUCGGCAGCUCUGUCGGAGAGCGACAGCAACUCGGCGGGUCUCGACGGGCCUCUGCCCGCUGGUGGAGUCGUGGCAGUGGGUGAGGAGGGUGCUAGGAUUCGUGCGAGCAAAAGUGAUACUAGCCUUCCUGAUUCAUUUGUUAUCGUGGAGCAUGCAGACACGAUUGAAAGUUCGCCUACAACAAGGACCAGUGUCGACACCAGCUGUGUGCCCAAUAAUAGGAUUCGCCGCAGAAAUCCGCAGAAUGUACUGAGAGAAGGUUUCCGCUGGCAGAGGCAGCUAGUGUUCCGCAGUAAGUUAACAAUGCACACAGCCUACGAUCGCAAGGACAACGCAGAACCCGCAUCAGUAACGGCUCUCGCGGUGUCACGAGAUCACCGUGCUGUGUUCGUGGGGGAUGCACGAGGUAGAGUGUUUUCUUGGAGUGUGUCUGAUCAGCCGGGGCGGACAGUAGCUGAUCACUGGGUCAAGGACGAAGGGACAGACACUUGUGCAGGCUGCGGAGUGCGCUUCACACUCUACGAGCGCCGUCACCAUUGCCGUAGUUGCGGAGGACUCUACUGCUCCAGGUGUAGUCGUUUCGAAUCAGAAAUAUCGAAACUUCGUAUCCUGAAGCCAGUUCGUGUGUGCCAACGCUGCUAUACUUUGUUGCGGCCCCAGCACGCUUCAGGUGAUAGUGGUACAUAGUUCCCAGUGUUAGUGAUACACAGCAACCAGCAUCCUUCAUAGAGAAUAGUAGUUCACACCAUUGCCUGGUGUAUGUCAAUUCACCUCAGGAGGUAUUGUAUCAUGUGAAAUCCUCUUUCAUUUCCAUAAGGUGCAACUUGUAUUAUGACUAGCAGUAUUGAUGAUACAAACAAUAAUGGAUUUUGUUACUUAGUUGAUUAAUGUAUUGGUAAAGCUGGAAUUAUGAGUAAUGCAACUGUCAAAUUAUUGGGCAUAAAUGUGAGGAAGCAAGGGUAAAAGAAUGCUGUGUCUUUUUGGAAGACAAGUUGUAUGAACACCAAAUAAUAAAUGUAUCAUAGUUUUGUUAUGCUUUUGUACUGUAUUUUGUAAGUUUAAUUUGCUGCAGGGUGUUAAUAAAUGUCAGUCUCAACAGUCAUAUGUAUAGUCAGUGCCAUUUGAUGCUCCAAGUCAGAUGCUAGUUUUAUGUGAAAUUUUAAUAACUAGAAAUGGCUUCAGAUUUUAAUUCUUGAAUGCUAAUAAUUGUGAGUUUUUCCUCCCUUUGUUGUUGUUCUUGUUCUUGUAAUGACCUAUGGCUGUGUCAGUCUCUACCACCCUCCUUUUCUCUCUCAUGCUGUCUGGAUAAUAAGUCAUAGUUAUAAAUACAUAGUAAAUUGACAGCAGUGGAAUUUCCACAAAUAUUUCUUUAAGUUCCAUUAGAUUUGUGGUGGAGCUGAAUAUGACGAUGAACUUUGUUUCUUUAGCUUUUUUGUGAUUCUUUUUAAAUUAUUAUUGUUAGAAUAGCCUUGU